UUCCUUCCUCAAAACGACAUCUUCGCACUAUAUAAAACGUUAGCAGGCAAAACGAAAAAGGACCUCCGAGAAAAGCCGAGUGAACAGCAGAAAGAAAGAAAGAAGAGACCCUUAUUCCCACGCAAAGCCGUUCAAUUCAGUGCACACCAACUAUAUCUUAGCUUUCUCUUGUGGACUCAUCACUCCGGCAAUGGCUGCUGCUGCUUCUUCUUCCACGGCGUCGUUUAGUGGGGUCAGUUUAUGUGCUACGCGUUCCAUUUCCAAUAAGAACAAUCUCUUCUUAGCUCCCCCACGCCUUUCUUUGAGCUUUCCUUCAAAACCCAACUCCUUAAAAUCGCUUCAGUUUAAGAGAAAUGGAGGUUUUCGAAGGUUUCCAAAGACUUCUUCAAGCUCUUUCAUUGUUCGUUGUGAUGCUUCAACUGGAAGGAUUACUCAACAAGAGUUUACAGAAAUGGCCUGGCAAGCCAUUGUUUCUUCUCCAGAUGUAGCUAAGGAGAACAAGCAUCAGAUAGUGGAGACAGAACACUUGAUGAAGGCUCUCUUGGAGCAGAAGAAUGGUCUUGCUCGUCGGAUCUUUUCUAAAGUCGGAGUUGACAAUACUCGCCUUCUUGAAGCCACUGAUAAGUUCAUCCAACGCCAGCCAAAGGCAACUCCUACAACUUUCUAAUUUAUUCUCCUCAACAUUCGUUUUGAGUGAGUCAGCUGGUUCAAUGUUAGGACGUGAUCUGGAAGCUCUGAUCCAGCGAGCUAGGGAGUGCAAGAAAGAGUAUGGGGAUUCAUUUGUUUCUGUUGAGCAUCUGGUCCUUGGGUUUACACAAGAUCAACGUUUUGGGAAGCAGUUGUUCAGGGAUUUCCAGAUAUCCCACCUAUCCUUGAAAUCUGCAAUAGAAUCCAUUAGGGGACGUCAGUCAGUUAUUGACCAAGAUCCUGAAGGAAAGUAUGAAGCGUUGGAAAAAUAUGGAAAAGAUUUGACUGAAAUGGCAAAGGAAGGAAAGCUUGACCCGGUGAUAGGAAGGGAUGAUGAAAUUCGCAGGUGCAUCCAGAUCCUCUCUAGGAGAACAAAGAACAAUCCUGUGUUAAUUGGUGAACCUGGUGUUGGAAAGACUGCAAUCUCUGAAGGGCUUGCCCAAAGAAUUGUGCAAGGAGAUGUCCCUCAAGCAUUGAUGAACCGUAAGCUGAUAUCCCUGGACAUGGGUGCACUCAUAGCUGGGGCCAAAUAUCGGGGAGAAUUUGAGGAUAGACUGAAGGCUGUACUUAGGGAAGUAACAGAAUCAGAAGGCCAAAUUAUCCUCUUCAUUGAUGAGAUUCACACAGUUGUUGGGGCAGGUGCUACAAAUGGAGCAAUGGAUGCAGGCAAUCUUCUGAAACCUAUGCUUGGUCGAGGAGAAUUGCGAUGUAUUGGGGCAACAACACUGGAUGAGUAUCGUAAAUAUAUUGAGAAAGAUCCAGCCCUGGAACGUCGUUUCCAGCAAGUGUAUGUCGAUCAACCAUCAGUAGAAGAUACAAUUUCUAUACUCAGGGGACUGCGUGAGAGAUAUGAGCUGCAUCAUGGAGUCCGUAUUUCUGACAGUGCACUUGUGGAAGCUGCAAUCUUGUCUGACCGUUAUAUCAGUGGCCGGUUUUUACCUGACAAAGCUAUUGACCUAGUUGAUGAGGCAGCUGCUAAAUUGAAAAUGGAAAUCACUUCAAAACCAACUGCCCUUGAUGAGAUUAAUCGUUCAGUGCUGAAGCUGGAGAUGGAGAGGCUGUCUCUCACAAAUGAUACUGACAAAGCUUCAAGAGAUAGGCUGAGCCGCCUUGAGGCUGAGUUGUCCCUCUUAAAGGAGAAACAGGCUGAGCUGACUGAGCAAUGGGAGCAUGAGAAGACUGUUAUGACACGCAUUCAGUCAAUCAAGGAAGAGAUUGACAGGGUUAAUCUUGAGAUCCAGCAGGCUGAGCGGGAGUAUGAUCUCAAUCGUGCUGCUGAGCUGAAGUAUGGAAGUUUGAACUCCUUGCAGCGUCAACUUGCUGAUGCAGAAAAAGAAUUAGAUGAGUACAUAAAAUCCGGAAAAUCCAUGCUGAGAGAAGAAGUUACAGGAAAUGAUAUUGCUGAAGUAGUUAGUAAAUGGACUGGUAUACCAGUUUCCAAGCUUCAACAAUCAGAGAGGGAGAAACUAUUACAUUUGGAGGAAGAGUUGCAUAAACGUGUUGUGGGUCAAGAUCCUGCAGUUAGAUCUGUAGCUGAGGCCAUUCAGAGAUCUCGAGCUGGUCUCUCAGAUCCCCGUCGCCCAAUAGCCAGUUUCAUGUUUAUGGGUCCCACUGGUGUAGGGAAAACAGAACUUGCUAAAGCACUUGCAUCCUACUUGUUUAAUACAGAAGAAGCCCUUGUACGCAUCGAUAUGAGUGAGUAUAUGGAAAAACAUGCAGUUUCUAGACUUAUAGGUGCUCCACCUGGUUAUGUGGGGUAUGAAGAAGGAGGACAGCUGACCGAGAUAGUUCGCAGGAGGCCAUAUGCUGUAAUUCUUUUUGAUGAGAUAGAGAAAGCUCAUGGUGAUGUAUUUAAUGUUUUCCUUCAAAUUUUGGAUGAUGGGAGAGUUACUGAUUCCCAGGGUCGCACUGUAAGCUUCACCAACACUGUCAUUAUUAUGACUUCAAAUGUGGGUUCACAGUAUAUUCUUAAUUCAGAUGAAGACACACCAAAGGAUAUAGCUUAUGAAACUAUUAAGCAGAGGGUGAUGGAGGCUGCAAGAGCAGUCUUUCGUCCUGAAUUUAUGAACCGGGUUGAUGAGUAUAUAGUUUUCCAGCCUUUGGACCGUGAACAGAUAAACAGUAUUGUGAAAUUACAGUUGGAACGGGUGCAAAAGAGGAUUGGAGAUAGGAAAAUAAAACUUCAGGUGACAGAUGGUGCUAUUCAGCUUCUUGGUAGUCUUGGUUAUGAUCCAAACUAUGGUGCUAGACCAGUCAAAAGAGUGAUUCAGCAAAACGUAGAAAAUGAACUUGCCAAGGGCAUCUUGAGAGGGGAGUUGAAGGAUGAGGAUUCUAUUUUAGUAGACACAGAGCUCACAGCAUUCGCAAAUGGCCAGCUCCCCCAGCAAAAGCUAAUUUUCAGAAGACUCGAUCGUGAUUCAGAAACUCAAGCAACAGAUAGCGAAGAAGCUUUAUCACAGACUGUCUGAGAGUUGUACUUAAGUUUUGCCUAAAUACUAUAGGUUUUACACAAUUUUGCGCAGGGAAUUAAUAACUGAGCUCACACUUGAAUCUCAGAUUGUAUAUGACUUUUAUGUUACAAGUUAUCCUAUUAUUCUUAUACAGUGCGUCCUUACAAGUAA